AUGCGUCAAUCUUUCCCGCGGGCCCAGGCCAAAGUGCCUCUUCCCAGACCAGAUCCCGCCAACUCCUACACGGUAGGCUGGAUCUGCGCGCGAUACGAAGAGUACAUGUGCGCCUGCCGAAUGCUCGACGAGAAACUCCCGGCGCCACACCUCGUCCGCGGCGAUUUGGACAACAACACAUAUGUCUUCGGCCGAAUCGCCGGCCACUACGUCGUAAUCACCUGUCUCCCAGCCGGCCGCCACGGAGGCACCACAGCGGCCCACACUGCCCGAGACAUGAUUCGCACGUUCCCGAAGCUGCAAUUCGCGCUGUCGGUCGGCAUCGCGGGCGGAGCGCCCACGGCGGACAACGAUAUUCGGCUCGGCGACGUUGUCGUUGGUGUACCGAAUGGCGACCUUCCCGCAGUCAUAGAAUGGGACCAUGGAGCGCGACUGCAGGAUGGGCGGUUCGUGCGAACGGGGCAGCUCGAUGCGCCGCCUCAGAAGCUGCUGCAGGUCAUUCCCGACAUCCAGCGGCGGUAUGCGGAUAUGAGACAGCCGGACGGGAUCGCGGAGAAUCUCAAGCGCCUGCGCGAUAUGAAGCAGUAUCGGCGGCCCGCCUGUGAUGAUAAACUGUACGACGCUCACUACGCGCAUGUCGGUGGGCCAGAUUGCGGCCGCUGCCAUGAUAGCUUUACGGUUCAGCGGGCCCCGCGCAAGGACCAGCGUGUGGUCCAGGUUCACUACGGCACGAUUGGGUCGGGGAAUGCGGAUGUACAGGAUCCCAGGAUGAGAGACAGCUACGCGAAUGAGCCCCAGAUGAAGUUCCUGUGCUUUGACAUGACGUCUGCUGGUCUGAUGAACAGCAUCCCUUGCCUGCCCAUCCGCGGAAUCAGCAAUUAUUGCGAUUCUCACGCCAAUGACAAGUGGAAUCAUUAUGCGGCUCUCACCGCUGCUUCCUAUGCUCGAGAAUUGCUCCUUGUCCUUCCCGCGGAACAACGUGUGGAUCCCACGUUACCUCAGUAUGGCGAGGUAGUGCGUGGCCGGUGGCAUGGUUAG